CACUCGCUUCACAAGUUGAUGAAACUUCAUAGAACACUCCGCCAUUUUCAUCUUCAAUCAGAGAGCUAAAAACACUUUUACAUUUCAAAAGCAGAAUCAAAAUUCUGAAAAUGUUUUCAGCAGGAGCAACAUUGUCGAAACCAAUUUGUUUUUCCUCACAGAUGCCUGCUAAAACCUGCAACUCAAAACCCAGUUUCUUUUUUCUGGGAAAAUUUUCGAACCCACUUGUGUUUUCUGGCAAGAACCAAUCUUACUCGCAAUAUUCAACAUUUUCUCCUAAAAUGGGACAAACCCAUUUCUCUGUAAAAGCUGCUUCUUCAGUUGGAAGUGCAGAGUACACAGAGGAACCUGUAACUAAUGUAAAAUUUCAGACGUCAUUGAGUUUGCCAGGUUGCUCAUGUCCAUUGUCUUUGCUUGGAACAGGAUACAGGGAGAAGGUUUUUGCUUUCAUUGGUGUCAAGGUCUAUGCUGCAGGACUAUAUAUCAAUCAAUCUAUAUUAGAUAAAUUGAGUGCAUGGAAAGGACGACCAGCAGCUCAGAUUCAAGUGGAUUCCUCUUUGUUUGACUCAGUUUUUCGGGUUUCUUUGGAGAAAUCAUUACAGAUUGUUCUGGUCAGAGAUAUUGAUGGAAAAACUUUCUGGGAAGCUCUGGAUGAAGCCAUCUCCCCAAGAAUAAAAGCACCCACAGGAGUUGAUAAAACUGCCCUGUCCACAUUUCGUAGCAUCUUCCAAGCACGGCCUCUUAAGAAAGGAACUUUCAUCUUUUUAACAUGGCUGAGCCCAUCCAAGAUGCUUGUUUGCAUCUCAUCAGAUGGAUUGCCAUCUGCCAUUGAUGCUACAAUUCAGUCUGAAAAUGUCACUUCUGCCCUUUAUGAUGUCUUUUUUGGAGGUGCUUCAGUUACCCCUUCAUUGAAAGCCUCAGUUGCCACUGGGCUGGCCAAAAUCCUCAAGUGAAGUUAGUUUUUGCAAAUUUUUGUAUCUAUUUAUAUAAGAGUAUGGUAAAUAAUGUGUAUCUUAAAUAUAGUUUCUUGAUACCGAGCUGCUGUAAAUUUUGUUGUA